AUGAAGAUCCAAACAAGAGCGACCAACGUCCUUGAGAGAACUUCGCAUUACCUCAAGGUCGGUGUUCUUCAAAACAAGCCUGCCUGGUUCGAUGUUGUUGGAGCUCAUCCUCCGGCCAUCGAUCUUACAAAGCGAGCUCGGUCUACCAACCUUCACGAUCCCCAAAUUGAACAAGGUUCAGUGAAGACUCGGCUGAGUUCUUUUGACCGCCAGAACAAGCAUCAUGACGUCCACAAAAUCCCGAAACUUCAAUACCUCGAGGAUGAGCUUCGUGAUGUCUUUUAUCAUCAACAUCCAUGGGAAUUUUCGAGACCGAAAACUUUGGUGGAAACCUCGGGUGAUAACACCAAAGGCGAUUGGCUGAGAAUGAUUCAACUUACCAAGCCUUUGGACGGUGAACUGGUUGUCCAACGGACUAUUUGGUUGGCCAAAAAUACUGAGCUGUCUCUCACUGAAGCCUACGACAAGGCCAGAUUUGAGUUUUAUCAACUAAGAAUGCAGGAGGAGAUGAAGCUGACAGUGGCCCGUGAAGAGCUGACUAUGUUUGGCGCAGUGUAUCCCAUUACCAAUACCCAAUGGGGCUUGGAACAAGAACAAGAAUACAUUGAUGCUUGGACCGAGGUUGCCUCCAACAAGACGAAAGUCUUGCUUGCAAACAAAUCCCAAGCGCAAGAAGUUACUCAAGAAGUCGAGGCCGACGGGUCCACAUUUGCUUUGGAAGACGACUUGCCGGAAGCCAAGGAAUAA